AUGGAGUUGAAUAUUAAUUCUUGUCUUUGCGAUCUUAUCAAUUUUAUUGAUGGGAAAUGCGGGGCGGGGACUGUUCAUACAGGGAAGCUCAAGAAGGAACUAACAUAUUUAUUACUACUUGUUGACCGUUCCCUUUCAUGGUUCCGCGUGGAUGAGGACAGUGAUCUGCAUGCACUUUUGAUUCGUAUCAAGAUUUUGAUCACAAAGGCAAGACAGGACCUUGAAAAGGCAAGACAGGACCUUGACUUGCCUUGUGAUAUUGGAAGUUCUAAACUGGAUGAUGCUAUUUGUGACAUACUUGAAGAGAUUUGGCUUCUCAAGCCAGAAAUGGUUUUAUUUCUACGACUAUUUGCGAAUCAUCCCUCGUUGGUUAAAUUGCUUGAUAAAGUCCUGGAUGGAUACAUCAAAACCCUCGUUGACAAUCUUGACCUUUUGCUAAACUACAAAGCAGCGUACAAUUAUAAUAAGGAGUCCAACGACUUCAACAAUUUCUGGAAUCAUGUCACAGCUGUGGCAAAAAAAGCAGCAGAUUGUACGUCUUCUUUACUUUGUUGGGCAUACAAAUCGGAUGAGGAUAAGGCUGAUUACAUUGGUUUCAUGCCUGUAGAUCUAUUACAAUCCACUAAACGUGCUAAAUCGGAUAUCACUUGUUUUUAUGUUGGAGGCCUGAAGCUUUUAGACGUAUAUAUACAUUUCAGUUGCCAAGUGGAUGUCUUCGCAGCAGAUUUUGUUAAUUUCAUCCUAGAAGCACCGAUGACUAAGCUCAAUUCCGGUUUCUAUCUACUGUUCUACAAAGAUCGUGUUCAAAAUCUCCAAAUUUUGCUCAGGUCACUGCUGCUAUAUAUCCUAGUCCACAAUAACCAUAUCUCAGUUCGUGCAUUCUUGGUAUUCUUUGAUCGUGUAGUCAAUGAGUUUUGGUUGUUCGUUGACUCAUUAGACAACCCAGAAAUGAAUGAAGAUUUGGGCAAAGAAUUUGAUCUUGCUAUAUCUCAGUUGGUGCAAAAGAUGAAGCCUCUGGCAUCAAAGAUCUUUGUGACUGCUAUCAAGAUACAGAAGGCAACACCAUUGCUCCUUUCCCAGAUUGAUAGUAUUGGAUAUAUAGAUUUGGUGUCACGGAAUUUGCAGAGAUUGUUGGAUCAUAGGAUUGAUUUAAUUUCUCCGGUAACACAUCAGAUUGAAGUUGUACUGGCUGAGAUUAAAAUUUACAAACCUUUUCUCGAAGGUAGUGUUGACCAACAAGGCGAGUUAUGUAAGGAAAUGCUAGAGGUUUGCACACAUAUGAGUGGUUUAUUUGUCAAAUUUGAGUAUCUUGUUGACAAGUUCCUGGUUGAUCCUUCUCCCACAUGGGAGGAUCAGUUAGGCUAUGUCGUUCAAAAUAUCAAGUUCUUCAAGGAAAUUGUUGAAUUUAUGUACAUCUGCAAAGAAAAGAAGGAUGUCAGAAGUGAUUGUCAAACAUCAAAACCUAGCACGCCAAUCAUUGAUGAAGCAGUUGUGGGCUUAGCGGAUCAGAUAGAUAUAUUAAUAGAACGGCUAUUUGAUGACGAGAGCAGUCUUAAAAUCAUUCCUAUCAUUGGUAUGCCGGGGAUUGGUAAGACAACACUCGCCAAAAGAAUUUACUAUGACAGAAGAAUUUCAUAUGGCUUUGAUAUUCAGGCAUGGUGUUCUGUUUCUCCUAGACAUACGGCAAGGGAGUUGUUGCAAGAUAUUUUAACAUCUAUCGUUGAUCUGAAUGAUGACGUUUACAAGUCAAAGGAUCUAGAGAAAGAUUCUCCUGACCUUGUACGCCAACGGUUAUUUGGGAGUAGAUACCUUAUUGUUUUGGAUGAAAUGUGGAACUCUCAAAUACUUGAGGAGUUGCAGCUGUGUUUUCCAGAUAAUCAAAAUGGAAGCAGAAUUCUAGUUACCAGUGGCCAAAAGAGUCCAGAUUUUGAUGAACCUCUUUCGGUUCGCUUUUUGACUCUGGAAGAAAGUUGGGAGCUCUUACAAGUGAAGUAUAAUCACCUUCGCUUAUGUAAUCAAGGAGGAUGUCACAAACCCCCAAUUCCUAAUGAGAAAUUUUCUGCUGAAGAUGGGAUAAAAAUUGUUGUAAAAUGUGGAGGGCUACCUCUGGCAAUUGUUCUGGUAGCUGGGUUUCUUCUCAAUACAGAGGAUGACAAAGAUUGGCUAACCAUUACUACACAGGCGUUCACUUAA